UGUAUGUUUUUCUUUGUCGUCUCAUGUUGAUUAAUAGGAAUAAAGUACAGCGAAUAAGUGAUAAACUUAUGAAUUCGUCUGAAGAUUUCGUUGUAACAAGUAAAUAAGCUUAAUCAUAUAGCUUCAAAUUCUUAUUUUUGAGAUUUUCUGAUGUCUGGGCUCGCUUAUAUUUGUGGCUACGGUUACGGAUCCAACUCGGACGAAAGUGACUGCGAAUACGUCCCUAUAGAUCGAAAAAGACAAAAACUUCCCACACCAGACUUGAGUAAAGUGUCCAUAGUUCCACAAGAUGAGCAUGUGGAUGAUCCUGAGUUACAUGGAGGCCGGUCUCGAUCUUUUCCGCAUGUGAGAGGCAACUGGGCUACUUUUAUUUACAUCAAAUAUCUCGAAGGUGAAUUGCAGAAUUUAGUGGAUAAGUUACAAACUGCAACAUCUUUUAUUGACAAUUCUUGUCAGAAGUGUAAGGAUAUCCAUGUGAGCUUAUCAAGAACAGUAGUAUUGACUUACCACCUCAUUACACCAUUUUCCAUAUCUAUACAAACUGCUCUUAAGAAUGUGGAAAGCUUUGAAUUAGGAUUUGACUCUGUAAAAGUUUAUUGUAAUGAAGAGAAAACUAGAACUUUCAUUGCAUUAAAGGCUGAUUGUGCCUCUAACCAGUACUUACAGAAAAUAACAAAGAUAGUGGAUGAAGUUCUCCUUGAAUACAAAUUAGAACCAUUCUAUGAAGAUCCUUCAUUUCACAUGAGUAUAUUGUGGGUUAAUGGAAACAAGCAAAAGGAGCUCACAACUAUUAUACAGGAUUUAAACCACAUCGUAGCAGAAGAGAUUGGCAGGUCACUCAAAUCUGUACUUGUUAACAAACUUCAUUGCAAAAGUGGCAACAAACAUUUCCAAUACUUUCUGGAAUAA